GCAAGAUGUGGUCGCGUCCGUUGCGGACAUGCCGGCGGCAGACAUGGCAGACGCAUCUGGCCAACCGGCGAGCUUUCAACGGGCAACCGACAGGCCCGCAUACAACCUACUUUCAACCACCACCUCAAGCACAGAAGCCACCGAGGCGCAUCCUUUGGAGACUAACGAAAGGCGCAGCCAUCAUGUCCGCAGGUGUUGUCCUUGGAAUUGCCGCAUAUGGAAAAGCAAUGCAAUUGCGGCCUAUCGAGCUUGUGGAGAUUAAUGGUGCCAAAGACGAUGAGGGCCAAUUACUUCAGGAGGCCAUGAUCGCUGGUGUUCACGAGGGGCUCGCUCGCCGUGUCCCACCCAUGAGCUACGAAGAUGCCAUGGGUUUCUUGCGAGGAGGGUCUGGGUACUCGGUCACGCCUAAAGCAGUCUCACAUUUUACGCAAGCUCCGUCAAAUUUACCCUGCGAAGAUACCAUGGGUUCCGGCACAUACACCUUUUUAGGGGAUCCUGCGAAGGACUGGUCUGAAUGGGGUAUCUUUGAUGGACAUGCUGGAUCUCGCACGGCGCAAUUACUCAAGGACUAUCUACCUCUGAUUCUCGGGGAGGCUCUUUGGAAAGCGCGGUGCAUGACGAAGCCAGUGGAGCAGACCGUGGUCCAGACGAUCAAAUCAGCUUUUCUCAAAGUUGACCAGGAGAUCGUGGAGGGUGCUGGAAACCAAAUUCAGGCGGGAGGUUCCUUGCCUCAGAUCGUCGCUGCUGGAGCCGCUGCGUUCUCAGGUUCUUGCGCAUUGGUAGCGAUCUUCGAUCCUGUGCGCGAGGUCGUUCGUGUCGCCAAUGUCGGUGAUUCACGGGCUGUACUGGGCAGGUGGGAUCCUAUCAGCAAGAAAUACGUCGCAGAACCAAUGUCUGUCGAUCAGACCGGUUUCAACUCAAAUGAGGUGGACCGCGUCACACGCGAACACCCUGGCGAGGAUCCUGUCGACCCCAAGACUGGUCGUAUAUACGGACUCGCCGUUUCACGUGCUUUCGGAGAUGCUAGAUGGAAAUGGACAGAGGAACUCACAAAGCUAGCUCACGACAAGUACUUUGGCCCUGCGCCGCGACCGAAUGAAGUCAUCAAGACACCUCCCUAUCUCACUGCCGAGCCAGAAGUGAUGACGUGCAGUGUUGCAAGCAGAGGCAGCGAUCCUGCUCCUUUCCUCAUUAUGGGCAGCGACGGGCUAUGGGAUCAGAUGUCCUCAGAGGAUGCAGUGACCUGCGUACAGAUGUGGCUAGACAAGUUUAAACCGACCGACUUCCUCGAUGUCGACCAGAGCGAGACUCUCGCAGCUAAUCCAUUCACCCCCAAUGCAAAGCGCACGCCGCCAACCUUUACCAGUGCCGCCGACCUGGCCGAUGAUGAUACGUGGUUCGACGAAGAUGAAAAGUGCCUGAAGUGGAAAGCCGAGCCAAAGCACUUCGUGGUGGAAGACGAAAACUGCGCAGUGCACGUCGCACAGAAUGCGCUGGGCGGUAAGAGACGAGAUCUCUUCGCCGGUGUCAUGAGUGUCCAGGCGCCCUACAGUCGCAACGUCCGCGACGACAUCACUGUCAAUGUGAUCUUCUUUGGUGUCGAUGCUUCGACGCAGAUGUUGGAGGCGAAGCGCGCGGGUGCCGUCGUGACCUCGGGAUGAGGAUGACGGCUACUGGAAUCAACAAAACUGUACAAUACCGGCAGACAUUGCUUGCGCGUCACGGGGCGGAAU